AUGCAUUAUGCGAAACAUGUUUCCAGGGGCUCAAGCCUGGACGACUCUGGCCACGAAGGAUCCGACCUCAGCCUCAACAUCCCAGACCACGUUUUCCCUGAAAUAAUCCCGAUACCAGAUCCCAAACUACUCUACGUAAAUGCGCACGCAGAGCGCGACCGUCGUCUUCGCCUCUUGAUCCGUCGAUAUUCGAAUCAGAUCCAAUAUGGUUGCAGGAAUGUCAACUGCACGACUCCGACCUGCCUGAGCUACAGAAAGAGAAACAGUACUGGUCCUCUGAGGAGAUACACCGAACUCAGCGCUCGGACUUUGGCUUGUCAACUGGUAGAAGAAUGUACACGAAAUGGCAAAGAACCACUCUCAGGACUAUGUCAGAACGAUCCGGUGGUGCCGUGGUAUGAGGACCCAGCGGUCACAAAGAAAAGAAGGAACAGCCUAGAGAGGUUAGGACAUCACCGGUAUGAGAAUGGGCACUUGCCAAAAUGCCCGACCACAAUACAGCGCCACAAAGAGUCAACCAGGAACGGGUCUGGGACAGAGCAUGCGCUGCCACGACGACCUACCCAAGAUGGAAUUGUGCAGGCUGGUCGACAUCUGCGGUCGCUGGAUGUCACCAAAAAUGACGAGGAAAUUGCCGAAGGGAUUAUCAACAUCCUGAACUCAUCCUUCACAAAGGAUCGUCCUAUCAAGGAGGGACAGGAAGAAGGCGAAGAGGGCGAUGCGAAAGACAAUAUUCUCCAUGCGUCACCAGCUCCGCCGAAACAGAAAGAUAUGGCAUCAUUCACACAGACUCUGUUUGAUAUGGUGCCGCUUCGACUUUUAAGUUGGUUGCCGGCAAGGACUCGUCCUCCAUCAGAGUCUUCGAAAUUACCAGAUGAUCCGGAGAUCCAGCAACAGGACGUUCCCAACAAAGAAGUUUCAGAGACCGACAAUCCUGCAGGGGAUAGAGUCGGAGUCUCCAAAGCCAGUUCAACUGGUCAUCAAUGCGAAUCGCUCAAUGAUCGGACGUCCCUAAACUACUCACUGCGAACACUCACAUGGAAUAGCAUGACGUGGAUGCGAUCAAUGCAACGCACUGAAGACCAGGAAGUUUACCAAAGGAAAUAUCUCCCAUUUUUGAAACAAAGUUUGUUUUAUUGCCUUAAUGAUCCCGAACGCCUGAUCAGAUCCAUCAAGAAUUUCCAAGACAGCUAUGGUCCUCAGCGGAAGAAAACAAAGCCAGAGAAUGAGACUAGCGGGUCUCCCGCAUCCAAUUUACCCUCCAAUCACUCUCAACGAGACCUUGUGAACUCGAACCCUUGGCCUAUGAUUAGUACGCGGACGAAGUUUGACAUGGAAGCAUUGUUAGCGAGCCUUUCCUACCUUGACAAUUUCGGCCAACGCGACUUAAUUCUCAACUGCAUAUUUACUGCACUGCAGCACUCAUAUCGUUUACCUUCAUGGCUGCAGGAUCGCUCAUCGGGAAAGCAUGGUCGCUCGACAAGCGGAAGUGGUGAAGGAGCAUCUCUCAUGGAACGGAAACUCUCUCACACCACCAUUACACACGACAUAUUAUGCAAUCCAUCGACGCAACCUGGCAGUCCACUUGAGAACGGGAAGUUGUUGGUCCCGCUGAAGGACAACCAGGUAACCGAGAUGUGUCUCGUCGCUCUUAUGUCUAUCGCUUCCCUGAUUUUCGACGGCCGACAUCGUGACUUCUGGGGUCAAAAAGUUAGCUUUUCUCGGUUUGCAGCGUUGAGAAAUAGUGGCCUUGCCCAUUCACGUUGGCCCAAAAAUGUUGGCGCUGACGAGACAAAGCAAUGGACACUCCAACUUGUGGGGUCAAUGAUCAAGGCUAUUGACGUCUGUGAAGAUUGGUCUGUCCUACGCCUGCUCACUGCCAUUAUGGACAUCAUCAGUCAUCGACUGACCGUAGCCAAAUGGACUGCAAACUUGAAGAAGCCGAGUUCUCCGAAAGCUGCCAAAAGGACGAUUGUCGAGUCACUGAUAGACCGAUUUGAUCGAGACACACUAGAAGGAUGGGACGAGUUUGAAAAGAAUUCCAGUUGGAUAGGAACGGCUGUCAUUGAGUUGGCCAGAACCGUCAUACUCAAGAACUGGGAUCGCCGUCCGAUUAUUCGACGUGCAGGGCCUGUUGGCGGCGCACUCGAGCUUUUGGCUGGAAUAUAUCGCGAAAGAAAAGAGCUGAAUUUGGAUUUGGACCUAUUCCACAUGCCAUUCAUCGCCGAUACUUUCGACGAGCUGUCUAUGCCCUCCGAAUGGCUGUCUUUCCGCGCAGACACGCGUCACAUGCAUCUCCUGUCAUUCUCCUUCCUGUUCGAACCGGCCACUCUAGUCAGGUAUUUCAGAGCAGUCAACAUUGAGAUGAUGCGAAAAUCACACGAGAACGCUACUCUUGUUUACAACGACACCAGGCAUUAUAUGUGGGCCCCCGCAAUUCCAAUUUACGGAGCAACAGAAAUAUUGACACAUUUGCGGCCUCACAUGGCCAAGUUUUUUGUCCUUACAAUUCGAAGAGACAAUGUUUUGAACGAUGCGAUCAACCAGAUAUGGCGCCGACAGCGAAGAGAACUCAUGCGGCCUUUGCGUGUUCGACUCGGUAAGGAUGAGGGUGAAGAUGGUCUCGAUCAUGGCGGUGUCCAACAAGAAUUCUUUCGAGUGGUGUUUGCCGAAGCCCUCCGACCAGAUUACGGCAUGUUUACCGUAGAUAGCACGACAAGGAUGACUUGGUUUCAACCAGGUUCGUUCGAGCAACUCUACAGAUUCGAAGCGCUGGGUAUCCUGAUGUCAAUUGCCGUGUACAAUGGCAUUACGCUACCUGUCACCCUCCCGUUAGCUUUCUACCGCAAAAUUCUGGGACUAAAAGUGAAGAAACUCGAGCAUAUCGCCGAUGGCUGGCCUGACUUGACGCGGGGCCUGAGAGCUUUGCUGGAAUGGGCUGACGGAGACGUGGGCGAUGUUAUCGCCAGAACGUACGAAUUCAGCUAUGAUCUAUGCGGCAGCACCGUCACGGUCGAUAUGCAGAAGAUCGGCCGGGAUGACCCCUGGCCACCAGCCAGAGCGCGGCGCAGCAGCAAGAAGGGCAAAGAAAAAUCCAAAUCGACGUCCUUCGAACUCCCCAUCGAACCGACACUCACUCCACCUGCUCAGCCUUCGCCGAAUCUAAAUCCCACCAUUGUCCCCGUCCUGAGCAGAACGUCCUCUGUGGAAAUUAAAGGCAUCUCCACCCCCUCGAGCAUUGAUAGCGACAUGCUCGCAGAAGAAGCCGGAGCUGGAGCUUCACUCGUCACCAACGCCAACCGCACGCAGUACGUCAAAGACUACAUACUCUGGCUCACGCACAAGUCCAUCGAGCCUCAAUACGAAGCCUUCGCCAAAGGUUUCUACACCUGCCUAGACCGCACGGCCCUCUCCAUCUUCACGCCCGAGGCCCUCAAGUCUGUGGUCGAAGGAUACCCAGAUAUCGACAUCGACGAGCUCGAGCGUACCAUCACCUACGACGAGUACGAUAAAGAGUCGCCUACGAUCGUGGAUUUCUGGCAUGUCGUCCGCAGUUUCAGCCCCGAACAGCACAGGCAAUUACUCGAGUUUGUGACCGCGAGUGAUCGCGUCCCUGUCAAUGGGAUCAAGAGUAUACAGUUCAUCGUGCAGAAGAAUGGUGAUGACGACAAUAGGUUGCCGAGCAGUAGCACCUGCUAUGGUCGCUUGUUAUUGCCGCAGUACUCAAGUCGACAGGUCUUGGAGGAGAAGUUGACCAAGGCUAUUGAGAAUUGUGUUGGUUUUGGGACAUUGUGA